CACUAAACGUGACCCUAACACAGAGCGUACUGUUCAUUCAUAAUGAGAAAGGCGGGACAGAGGUGAAACAAAAUCGAAAACUUCUUACAGCUAGAUCUUGUAACGACGACGCGUGACUGACUUAAAUUGCGAACUAUUAGAUUUUAGCAGACCGGCCUAAUUUUCAAAUUGAGAACCGCCGCCAUCGAUAAGGAAAAUAGAACAACACAAAAUUAUCAGCGGGUUUGCCGGCAAGAGAUAACCCCGUUUUGUGCAGCAAGAGCGGAAAACCAUGCCAAAAAGUGUUGAAUGAUAAGAUUUGUGCGCUGCCGUCAGAUGGAAUAGAUUAAAAGUCAUUGUGGUGGACAAGGUGGGCUGUGAGGAUUUAACUUUAAUCAUACGAACUCAUUGCUAGCGUUAUUCACUCUCCUCUUUUGAAGUCCGACAAAGUCAAUUACAUAACAGGAACGUGGCUACAAUACAGAGGAACCGCUUCAGGUUCAGUUUUCAUUUAGUUGUUUCUUGAAAUUGCACUGCUUUUACCCUGUUCUUGACAAAAUUACUUUCAAGUUAGGAGUUAUCUGUUUGUUUGUUUGUUUGUUUAUUUGCGACGGACAAAUUCAAAACUACUUACAACUUCGAGGUUUGACGACGACAGGCAGACAACAGCCAGCGCGGACAACACAUAUUGGCCUAAAUCUGCCUCUCUGUGCACGAAAAGAAAUAAGUCAGAAGAACCUUUUAGCGGCAACUCUACUUGUCGCUUGAAAUUGUUUGCACAGCUGAAGCAUUAUAGAUAACAUCAACAACGAAAUUCGAUUGAACGGAACCUUGGAAAGCUUCUUCGCGAGAGAUUUCGAGGUUCUUUAAAGCUACAGCAAGAGACUGACUAGCUGGCUAAAGUAAUAUCAUCUCAUUCUGAAGGCAUACCAAUAUCGUUAACACUCCUUCAAAAGAAGCUAAACCGGAAGAGGAACGGAAGAUGCAAGAAGCUAACAACUCAGCUGAAAUCCUCGAUCCAAAAUCGGAAUGGACUGGAGACGAACCCGAGAACAUCACGCUCGCAUCAAUACCGUUGGCUUUCCUAAUUGUCUUUACAAUUUUUGGAAACAUUCUGGUUUGUGCCGCGUUUUAUCAUUGCCGAGAUCUUCGCAAUGUAACCAAUUACUUUGUUGUUUCACUGUCUGUUGCCGACCUGUUAGUAGGGUUCGUGUGUAUGCCAUUCUGGUUCACUUACCUUAUCAAACAAUGGCCCGACCCUAUUAAGGACAAAGAACUGUACACGUUAUGGAUUUGUUUGGACAUUGUGAGCGGGACAUCUUCAAUAAUGAACUUAGUAGCUAUCAGCGUGGAUCGCUUCUUCGCCAUAACAUCUCCAUUUACUUACCAUUCGAAACUGACUAAGAACCGCGCUCGUUUAUGCAUUGUGUUUCUGUGGACCUACUCCAUUACUGUGGCCAGUUUACGGCUCAUCUCAACGCAUAGCAAAUGGUAUGCAUAUUUUGUUGCUGCUGCGAGUUAUUUUCUACCGUUGCCAGUUCUUCUCUUUUCCUAUGCCAGAAUUUUCCGUGUGGCUCAUCAACAGGCUUUAAAAAUGCCAAUUGAAACCUAUGGCCAAGAAAUGUCAGAUGUUGAACAUAAGAACGGGGAAACCGCCGACUCAGAGACUUUUGUGAAGCCUCGCGCCUCUUACAGCGUGGGACGGAGUUCUUCCACUGCGAAUCGCUUCCUUUUCCAUAAAGUGCGCCCGCGCUUAACUAGUCAGAGCUCCGUUCGCCAAAUGCGUCGUGUAUAUCAUACUGAUCUUAAAGCCGCCAAGACGCUGGCGAUUGUAAUGGGUGCUUUUCUCGCUUGCUGGUCACCCUACAUCAUCACGUUACUGAUAACAGUCUCGUGUAGGAGGUGCAUGUCUCAGGACGCGACCUUACAACUCGCUAAAGCUAUGAAGUGGCUGCAUUACUCUAAUUCAGCGGUAAAUCCGAUCAUCUACACGCUCCUUAAUCGGCACUUCCGAGCAGCUUUCCGUAGGAUUCUCUGUCGGUUCGUCUCCGAUCAAAGUUUCUCGUAUGUCAGUCGAUGGCUGUCGCACAGCACGCCAAGGACCAGCCGAAGUAGUGGAAAUAUUGUCGUUGAGUUAGGCAAAGCCAACUCUAAGACUGAGAUGGACGUUCUUGUUUGCACUGAGAUUGUGACCGUUGUUUAGAGUUAACUGAACAAGACAA